UGUACAUCGCAUUAUCGUUCUAACAUCUGUGCUGCCCUCCCUUUGGGUAUGCACUUCCAUUGGUGUUGGCAGAUUGUAGUCACAGCUUUGUCCAAUCACUUUCUAAUCUCAAUAUUUGAUUGCAGUACACUCGCUUUGAUAAUCACCCAUGUUUGAUGGCUUCUGCCUUUAAUCGCGGAUGUUGGUCUACCGGUGGUUGGAUGCAUGUUACGUUUGCUUCGGCCUGGGUUUUUGCUACACUAUUGACUGCCCUGUCCCCCUUUCAUGCCCCUCCUCCCAAGUUUUGUUUGUUCCUGCGAUCCAAUAUCCAUCGUGUCACCAAAACCUCCCUCAACUCUAUGCCUUUAUUCGGCCGCCAGCCAAAACUCCGGGUCAACCUUGGCAUGCAAGGCAAAGCAUAGUUAGCAAGAUUUCUUUUGCACUCAAACUCGAAGUGAGAAAUUCUGGUAUGGAUUGCAUAGGAUCUGCAUAAUUACACGCCGGUGCCGCCAAAGGGAACGUAUGGUAUAUGUACAUAAUGCAAAUGUUAUUUCUUGAGCUCGAACUCUGCCCAAAACA